UAAUAAGUCAACGAAGAUAUAUUCCGCAAUGAUCUUCAGCGGCCAUUCAACCCCUACCCCCUUCAUAUAUUCUUUUAAUCCUCAUAAAUAAAUAAAUAAAUUCCUCGAAUUUCUAACCCCAGAUAAUUAAAAUUUUACGAUGACCUUCCUUUCUCUCUAAAUCGACACGACCACUGCACCUUCACUUACUCUCACUAAACUUUGUCCGAGAAUGUCAUCCGAAAAUGAUUCCCACGCGCCACUCCUCCGCCCUCGCCAAGACUCCCCGACCUCCCCAACCGCCAGCCAAACCACCCUAGCCGUCCUCCUCGGCCGAGCCACUGGCCGCCGCGGCCCGUCCAUGCUGGUAAGAGAAACAGCAGCUCGUGAGCUGGAUGAGAGACGCGCUGACUGGGGGUACUCGAAGCCGGUGGUGGCAUUAGACAUGCUGUGGAACGCAGCGUUCGUGGUGGUUUCGGUAACGAUGCUGGUGGUGACGGCGAAGGAGAGGCCGAACACACCGAUAAGGAUAUGGAUCUGUGGGUAUAGCUUGCAGUGUUUGGUGCAUGUCAUUUUGGUGUGGUUGGAGUAUAGGAGAAGGAACACGAGGAGAGGGAGAGAUGUAGAGAGCCAACAACAGUCAAUCGGGGGAGAAAAUGUUGCUGAGAGUGAAGACGAGGAUGGCGAUGAACAAGAUAGAGCAUCUCCUCCUAGAUCAAGUUUCACUAGAAGAUGUGAAUCGUUGAAUACCAUGGUGUCAUUUCUCUGGUGGAUAGUUGGCUUUUAUUGGGUAGUCUCUGGUGGCAAUGCCCUUUUGCAAAAUGCUCCUCGUUUGUACUGGCUGGCUGUGGUUUUUCUCGCAUUUGACGUGUUCUUUGCGAUCUUUUGUGUUGUUUUGGCAUGUUUGAUUGGGAUCGCUCUCUGUUGCUGCUUGCCAUGCAUUAUUGCAAUUCUUUAUGCUGUUGCAGGGCAGGAAGGUGCAUCAGAAGCAGAUCUCAGCAUGCUGCCAAAAUACAAAUACCUAGUAAUGGGUAAUGAGGAAAAAAGGCCCAGAGUUGGGGCAGGGAAAAUGGUUCCUGUGGAAACAAGCAGUGGGUACUUGGCAACUGAGCGUAUACUUUUACCUGAGGAUGCAGAAUGCUGUAUCUGUCUUAGCCCAUACGAGGAUGGAGCAGAACUCCAUGCACUCCCUUGCAACCAUCAUUUCCAUGCAACGUGCAUUGUGAAAUGGCUUAAGAUGAAUGCAACAUGUCCUCUCUGCAAGUACAACAUUCUCAAGGGAAAUGAACAGGUAUGAAGAAAAGAUAAGGAGAAACCACAAUCAACCGGGUCGAUACUCCCACAUACUGUUCGCCUUCUUGUACAGAAGAAACCAAGGCACAAUGAAAGAGGCUUCUUCAAAUUUCUGUGAAGAAUACAAGUUGUAGCAUUCAGUAAACAACGCUUCAGUUAGUUUUUAUUUCAGUCUGGAGUUGUAUUGAUUCGUCUUCCUCUCCUGAUUUGUUUGAGAAGCAUGCUAAGAUGGAGCAAGAAUUUGCAAACUUUCUGUUUAUGCUUAAAUUAUAUGUUUUGUAGCAAUGUAAUUGCAUGAUUGCAUCUAUAGUAACCUGCCAAGUAUACAAGUGUCGACCAAAUUCUGGCUGUUCGGUAUAUAGUGUAUCAGCUUCCUUGGCAUUCAAUUCAUUUGAAGAUUUGAUUUUU